CCAAUUCAAAUGUUCCUUUCGUCCAUCCGUCUGGUCUUCUCGUCUUGCUUCCUAGACGCGCACCCAAGAACGAAUCCCACCAUCCAGGGUUCGACAGCCACCUGCAUAAUGCGCACGCGAUAUGGAAUCUUCUUCUCUGUCGACACUGCAUAACGUGCACGCGAUAUGGAAUCCUCCUUCUCUGUCGACAGCCGUCCUCCAUCCUCGGUCCGACAUCCAUACAUCCAUCACCUUGUAUGCAGAUCGAAUGACGUUGCUCGGCGGUGCCUGAUGCCGUCUUGCAUAUAAUCGGUGACAGUGUGAGGCCGCCCGCCAUGCUCACCAGGCAGAUGAGGCAUCUUGGAAUGUCCGGUUGCCUUUUGUCUGCAUCUGUGGCACUCUCUACGCGACGUACCGAAACUGUUUCAACCGUCUCCAUUUUAUCGAUGCUCUAACCUCCAACGAGGAACGCCACCGUCGAGCUAUCUCGUGCUACACGACAACACCAUGCUCACGCCGUAGCCUCAACCAUCGGCAGUCAGCUCUCUCUUACCCGGCCUAUGGCCAUUGGCCUCUAGUCGCGGCAGACCGGGUUGUUCUGGCAUAAGGUUUGAUUGUCUUGUAGCCUUUGCUCGCUUCAGCUUUCAACCCGGGUGGGCCCCUGCGAAACUAGCAAGCUCGCAUACCAUUCAAUCUCACAUCCACUCCGCGGUCCACUGUGGCCCCUGGCCCUUGAGCGAUACCAAACAUUGCUGUGCCUUAACACCACCCCCAAGUCUAAUAUAUCUCGCUAGUCCAUACCCUACGACCAUGCACUCGUCGAUGCUAUCUUCAUCUUCACCCACUUGUCCCUUGAUUCCACCGCACUGCUGAAGCCUACCUACUUACUCUCCGCAGUGCGUUGAGAUCGAGGUUGCCGCCAUGCAGUUCGCUUAUUGUUCGUUCUUGUUCUUGCUUCUCAGUCGCUUGGUCUGGGCCCAGGAGUCGAUUCUUGCCAAAGUCAGGACGCAGAUGCCUGCGUGUGCCCUACCUUGCCUUUCCAACGCCAUUGAGGACUCUCCCUGUCCACCUACAGAUGGCCUGUGUAUCUGUUCCAAUGCAAAGCUGUUGGCUGAUGCCGAGGCCUGUGUCUUGUCCGUCUGUACACUAAAAGAAGGCUUGCGGACGCAAAAUGUUACCCAAACAACAUGCCGUGGUCCCGUUCGAAAUCAAGUCAAGCAGCUCAGGGUCACUAAUAUCGUGCUGGGUGUGAUUUCAGCUGUUUGUGUCAUCCUUCGCAUUGUCUACAUGGCCGCCUUCUCCAUAGCCGAGCUGGGAUGGGAUGACUAUCUUAUUGUUCUUGCUCUCUUCGUGGGAAUUCCACAAACCAUCAUAACUGACCGAGGAACCACGGCCAACGGACUGGGCCGAGAUGUUUGGACAGUCCCUUUUGACGAAAUCACUGAAUUUGCGCGAUUUUUCUACAUCAUGGAAGUGCUUUAUUUCUUCAUUCUGAUGACAUUAAAGCUUGCCUUGUUGUUUUUCUUUUUGCGCAUUUUCCCUGCUCGCAAUACGAGAAAAAUCAUUUGGUCCACAAUCAUCUUCACCCUUCUUUGGGGCAUGGCAUGCGUCAUCGCGGCCAUCUUUCAGUGUUCUCCAAUCAGCUACAAUUGGGACCGAUGGGAUGGUGAGCAUGAAGGGACCUGCUUGAGCAUCAACGGUCUAGCUUGGUCAAACGCCGGUAUCAGCAUUUUCUUGGAUUUCUGGAUGCUAGCCCUUCCAUUAUACGAAGUCUAUCAUUUAAAGUUGUCCUGGAGGAAGAAGCUCAGCGUGGCUCUGAUGUUCAGUGUGGGAACUUUUGUCACGGUGAUGUCAGUUCUGCGUCUGCAGUCACUGAUUCAUUUCGGGAAAUCUUUGAACGUCACAUGGGAUCAAGCGGAUGCCAGCAACUGGUCAACCAUCGAAAUCAACGUCGGCAUAUUAUGCGCAUGCUUACCCUCGCUUCGAAAGAUCUUCAUACACGUAUUUCCAGGCCAGGCCUCUAUAGCUGCCACCAACACAUCUCAAUACAACGCCAAAUACGGUAGCGGUUACCCCGGCAAUCAAGAAAGCGGGAAACGCGGAAAUCGAUCAAAUAUUGUAGGCAGCGCUGGGAUAUCCAGAAUAGGUCGGGACAGAGAUGGGAUAUCAUAUACAAAGACGUUCGAGGUGAGACAUGGGGAUAAUGACGAGGAACAGCUGGUCAAAAUGGACAACCUGAGUGCCAAAGGAACAAAAACAAGGAGUAGCAACUCGAGUGAGACAAGUGCCAACGGCAUCAUAUUGCCUAUUCAUGGCCCGACAUCAAGAUAGUCAAUCAGAUCUGGAAUAAAUACCUAUUUUUCGCCACCAUUUCAUAUCUAUUGGCUACAUUUGCAGCUGUUCAGCGGAGACUUUAUGGGAAAUAGCUAGAAAACCUAGAAGUACUUUGACUUUAUUAACAUCUCAAUGCACAUGGUAUAACCAUGUCGUCCGGGCCUUCAACUUAUCCCCUUCAUCUUGUCAAAAUUACUAUGGUUUGUCUCUUGUACACUUGGAACCCAUCAAAACAGGAUCCGCGAUCAAGUGGAACAGUAGCGAAACAACCGUCGCAGAUUAAUUUCCAGGGAAAACGCCACAUUGAACUAUUUUUUUAUUCCGUCUCCAGUUGUCUCCGUCAGCGGCUGUAUCCG